AUGACUUACGUAUCUGUCUCCCGGACACCACGCGGUAAACUCUGUCUCGUCCGCCGUAAGACCCUUCUCCGUCCGCAAUCUUCCUCGUCCACAACCACACAACCCAGUUCACCUCGCCCGUUUAACUGGUUCCCUCAACAAACAUCAGUCGUACAUGAUGUGCAUCGUAAUGCAAGAGCACAACAUAUACCAGAAGCACGAAUUCACGCCCACGGAGAGGAAAUGGCACGAUCGCAGCAGUGGAAGUUUCCCGCGUUCGGGGAACAGGUGGCCAUGGAGCAGAUGCGGUUUCGCCUUGCCUCGGAGGGUCAAAGUGAUGCGGCAACGAGGCCGUGUUUUGGGAGAGGGGAUUUACACAAUGGGAAUAACCCGUGGGAUAUUGAAGAGUGGUUGGAUGGAGUGGAAACGGAGUUGAGUUAUGAUGCUGUGGGUACGGAGGGGUGGGGUGGUGGGACGGAACUUGGAACCAAAUCCGGAAGUUUUGAUCGCAUAGUGGGAAAGCGGCGUGUGGUAGCGAUUUGCGGUUGGAUCAGAAGACGCGGUUUGCUUGAAGUUACUGAGGAGGGCGGAACGAAUGCUGGUGUAUACGUGUCACGGUGUCGAUAA